AUGAUAGAUAUAGAUGUAUUAGGUUCCAUGUUAAGUAAGCUUAGAAGUAUUUACAGCUCAGAUCAAAUAUUAAAUUUAGAACUCAGAGACUAUUAUGACGUAAUAAAACCCGGCUCAUAUUACACGGAGAAACAAAUCGUGUUCAUCUUUAAAUUUCCUAUAACUUCUAGAGAUAAUUUUGAUUUAUAUAAAUUAUCCAUUGUCCCAAAUAAAAAUUCACAGGCCCUUAUCCCAACCUAUCCCUUCAUGGCAACUAACGAGUUAUCAUUCGCGUACAUAGAGACAGAAUGUCCGAAGUUUAACCACUGGUAUCUCUGUGAAGAACGCACUACCUAUCAGAUCCGAACACAACCCGAUUGCAUCCAAGAAUUGAUCACCAAGCAAGUCAUACAAGAAGCCUGCAAUCUUACUACUAUUAUCCUGUCAAAAGAAGCGAUGGAAAAACUAGAUGACCAGCAUUAUAUCCUGUCCUUUCCACACUAUACCAAGGUACAAUUGUCUUGCGGAAGAAAAGAAUUCACCAUGCUACAAGGGAGUUAUCUCAUUACGAUUCCAGCCAGCUGUCUUCUUAAAACUGCUGAGUUCACCAUCGUCAACGACAAUAAUGAGAUAAAAGGUCAACCUCUAAAGCUCACUGGACUACCUUUCAGAUCUCCGGAACAAGCUACAGCAUCUACCCGCAUCCACCUAAACUCAAUCUAUCUCCAAGGAUUACACAGCAUCCAAGACAAAAUUCUCAUGCAAUCACCAGUACAACUACGUGCCAUAAGUGACACAUUAUACCAUACGACAAUUCCCUUUUAUAUCAUAUUAUCGAGUGGAGGUAUUCUUAUCUUUGUACUGGCCACCCGUCGCUACAUAUCAAGAUGCAGAAAGGAAACGAGCAAAGCAGCGCAAUCACCAACAUCUAAUUCAGAAGAUCAUGGAAACCCCGAAAUUCCGGCAACAUUUUCCCUGAACAUACUCAAAUAG